AUGUCUCCUAAAAGAGAGUCAACAAUCCGUAUCCAGGAAUCUCAGCUAGACAAAAUCAGCUGGUCCACUGCGAAAAACCACUAUACCUCGAAGGGAAAGCUGCUGGCGCGUGAUCGUAUAAACCGUCUCGUCGAUCCUGGCUCUCCAUUUCUCGAGCUUUCGACGCUGGCCGCACAUGAGAUGUACGGCAAGGAUGUCGUCAACUCGGCCGGCAUCGUAACCGGCAUCGGUAGAGUGCAGGGUGUGGAGUGUGUGAUCGUGGCAAACGAUGCCACUGUGAAGGGUGGCACAUACUAUCCGGUCACGGUGAAAAAGCACUUGCGCGCGCAAGAGAUCGCUCAGGAGAACAAUCUUCCGUGUAUUUACUUGGUAGAUUCGGGUGGCGCAAACUUGCCCCGUCAGGCCGACGUCUUCCCGGACAAGAUGCAUUUCGGAAGGAUUUUUUACAAUCAGGCCAAUAUGUCAGCUCGCGGUAUCCCGCAGAUCGCUGUCGUUAUGGGUAGCUGCACGGCCGGUGGUGCCUACGUGCCAGCGAUGGCCGACGAAAGUAUUAUCGUGAAACGGCAGGGCACGAUCUUUCUGGCAGGUCCUCCGCUUGUUAAGGCUGCCACCGGGGAGGUAGUGUCGGCGGAAGAUCUAGGUGGGGCGGAUCUACACUGUCGUACGUCCGGUGUAACCGAUCAUUACGCGGUGGAUGAUGAGCAUGCCCUGUACCUUGCACGGCAGGUGGUAAAGAAUUUGAACCGUCCGGGAAGUGCGAACUACGACGAGCUUGCCGGCAGCAACACGGUGACAAUGAUGGAACGGGAUGGGCUUACCUUUGGCUCGGAACCGGAACCACCGCGUUAUCCGGCGUCCAAUUUGUACGGCAUCGUUGGAUCGAACCUGAUCGAGCCGCUGUUAGGAUGUGUGCUCUGUCCAACAGCUCAGCUACCUCGUGGUUCAUCAAGACUUCAGAAAAGAAAGCUAGCGACCUCGUAA